AUGCUGCCUACGCUCGCACCAGGGGAUUAUAUCCUGUUCCUCCCGUACAAUGUGCUCCGUGCUUUUGGGUACCUGUUCAGACAUCAGCUUGUGCAGACGGGGGAUGUUGUUGUGAUGAAUAUAUCGCCAGAGCUGACAGUAUGCAAACGUGUCUUGCGCUCCACCGCCGAUGCGUCCGUCAUGCGAAGGUGGAACGAGGAGCAAUUUACAGAGCUUUCACCGGAACAGGUUCCUUUGUUGGAGUCUGAUGCUGCCUCUGAAGAGUUUGGUGCGGAGUGUGAGGCAAGAAUCUACAACAGUAUCGCGGAGUACGCGAGGUCCCGUGAUUGGGAUGCGUGUCUUGAACGCGUCGAGCGUCCAUCUGCGUGGCUCUGGCUUGAGGGCGAUAACCCCAAGGAGAGUUUUGAUUCUCGACAUGCGGGCGCGAUGCCGUUUGAGUGUCUUAAAGGGCUUGUUCUCUUAAAGGCGUGGCCCUCGCUUGGGCCCCUACCGCCUCGACCGUCCACUGAUAAGUGA